AUGUAUCUUGAAAUAGGUUUAUCUCUAGUGCUGCUACUGGGCAUGCAGCCUAGAGUUCUAGGAGGUCUGCAACUGAGCGAGGUGCUCGAUGAACUGAACGCGCGCUUAGGCAUCAGCACCAAUCUUGUUUAUGCCAUAGAACGCGAUAAGCUGAACUACUUGGAAGAACUGCAGCCCACAAGCCAGAUGAUAGUCGCCUCGUUGCACGAAUUCGACUUCAAUGUCACUGGACUGAUGCAGCAUCUAAAUGAGAGACUAAUGCUUGUGAUCAUAGCCAACGAUCCAGCCCAUGCCAUUGUGCUGCUGGAGAAACUGGAGCUAAAGUUCCAAAAGUGCGACUUGCUCUUGGUAACAGAGGCUGACACUGAGAGUUGGCUGGAAUUUGCUUGGCAGGCGUGGGAGCUCGGCUAUAUGCAGCAGCUGAUGCUGCAAAUGCGAAGGGGGGAGGUUGAAAAUAUUUCUGACCUUCAAGGGUUUCUCGAGCUGAAGAUGGGGCUGGGCUAUCUGCAGCAGAAGCUGAUGCUGCAAAUGCGAAGGGGAGAGGUUGAAAAUAUUUAUGGCUUGCAAGGAUUUCCCGAGCUGAAGAUGCAGGAGAGCACCCUGGACUAUUUCAUAGAGCAGCAUGAGCGGCUCACAAGUGACUUGCGGGGCAAAGAGAUACGCGUGGCUAUAUACACAAACCCGCCGCGUUGCCUUUGCUAUGAGGAUGCCAAUGGUGGCAUCGUUUAUGGAGGCUACUACAUGCGGUUCCUGCGCCACUUUCUGGGCGUGCACAAUGCCAGUUUCGUGCCUGUGCGGCUACCCAGUGAUUCGCCGCAGGAGUGCAUCAGCGCCUUGCUGGAGCGGCGCGUGGAUGUGUGUCCGGACGCACUGGCGCAGGGCGCGGACAGAAAGUUUGUGGUGACGAAUGCCAUACGCCUGGCCUACGCCAACAUAAUGGUGGCCAAUGCACAGCCCUUAAGCAGCUAUCGCUAUCUUGUGGCGCCCUUUUCCACACAGGUUUGGUGCUGCCUGCUGGUCUAUGUGGUGCUGAUGGUGUGCUUUAUGAGCUUCGUGCACUGGCGGCAGCAGGGCAGCUGGCUGUUCAGCAAGUUCCUUCUGGAGGCCAUCAGCUCGCUGCUGUUUGCGGGCUUCACGCUGAAGGAUCUGCGCGCCAGAGAGCGCUGCAUCCUGUUCCCUGUGCUGUUCAUAGCGGGCUUCAUCUACUCCACCUUCUACCUCGGCUAUCUGAAGAGCAUUCUGGCCACCGAAGUGUUUGGCGAGCAGAUCAACAGUUUCGAGCAGCUGAUCGAGAGCAAUGUGAGCAUUAUGAUCGAUGACUACGAUCGCACCUUGAGCCUGCGCUACAAGCUGCCCGAUCUGCUCUGGCCCAACAUACAGGUUGUGUCCGACGACACUUUGAAGAGACAUCGCAACAACUUUGAUCAGCACUACGCCUACAUUCUGUUCAGCGAUCGCAUGGAGCUCUACGACUACGCCCAGCAGUAUCUGCGCCAUCCGCAUGUGCGACGCAUACCCAUCAACAUAUUCUUUCUGUAUGCGGGCUUUCCCAUGCGCGAGAGCUGGUACUUGAAGCAGACACUGAGCACCGCCUGGGCGCUGGCCUUUGAUAGUGGCUUGCUCAAGAAGCUGGCUCUGGAUGCGGAUCACGAAACGAUGACGUCGAGCGUGGGCUUUCUGCAGUUCCAAGUCACCGAGUACUACGAGGCAACGCCUUUGGGCCUUGAUUAUUUCGUCAUGCCGGCCAUGUCUUUGGCCCUGGGCCUUGUCGUGGCGCUGCUCGCCUUUGUCCUCGAGUUGCUGCUGGCCUGGCGUAACGCGAGCCACCAGAUUGAUUGCUCACUUGAUAGAGUGACAGCAAAAGCGCGAGCGCGCAUUUAG